GUUGGUUGCCAUGACGACACGUCUAUUAAAGCUUUUAAGGCUGAAGAGACUCGGGCCAGAUUAUGAUCGCAGGUGUUGCCAUACAGACUGCUACGCAGUAUGUGGGACAACGAGAUGGAGAAAUAACAACGAAAAAGUCCGACCAUAUAAAUUUGUUUCCCUAACUCAUCGACGGCAGGUCGUUGCGCAGCCUGUUGGUGAGUGGAAUAGCUAACAUUCAUUUGAUCAUGACUGAGGCAAAUUCAUCCAAGUCUCAGGAGGAUUAUGAAGACGACUUUGAAAAAGAUCUUGACUGGCUAAUCAGUGAGGAGGGCCAAAGUGAACAGGGCUCUGACUAUGGAGACAUAGAUGCAGAAAUAGACAAAGAGCUGGCGAAUGAAGAGACCCCAGGAGAAGGGAUAGGAAAUGAAAACAAGGACCAAAAACCAGACAAUGUGGAAGAGGAUAAAGAAAGGUGGCCAUCUCCUAUGGAGCCGUUAAGCUAUGACAUAGACAAGGAGAGUACAUCAUUACGUGCAGAAUCACCUACUCCUGAGAUAGAUGAGGAACAGAUGGACAUCUUGGAUAAAAUCGAGCAGGCCAACAAGGAACUGCAGGAACAGGAAACGCCAGAUAUGACGAGACAGAGACGGCUUCACUUCAAAGACACACUGGUGGACCUGGUGGUGCCCCCGCUUCUUUCAGACUCUGAUGACACUGAUGAAGAAAAGGAGAGAGCCUUGUUUGAAGGUGCAUCGUUUGUGGUAUCAGAGAUGUUGUCCAACUUAAUCAUUGACUCUAGUGGACAAGUUAGCAUCAAGGAAGGAGCCAUGGUUUCAUAUGCAGAGUCUGAGGUAUCACGGAGGAGGUCCAAAGUAUUUAUCGGUGAUACUAAGGAAGAAGUCAGCAGCGAGGAAAGAGCCAAGGUUACAGAUGCAGACUCUGAGGUAUCAAGGAAGACAUCUGAGUUAACAUUUUCUCCUUAUGACGAAAGCAAGGAAUUCAGAAGAUUUAGUGUUGAAGGACUUCAGGAAACUAAGGAGAGUAAAGUGCUUGUGGAAAAAGAUGGUAAGUUUGACCUUGUUAGUAUGAAGGAUAUGGAGAGCCAGAGUCUCCUCCCUCCAAUAGUAAAUAAUGUAGGUAGCGGUACACAGUCGUCUGCUCACCUCCAACCCCCCUUUCAACUGGGCACUGACCAACGUCAAGCACCGCGACCUCCGACUGAGCGCAAAGUCAGACCCAAUUCGGCCAGCCAAGGCCAGAGAGGCCCCCAGAUGAUAAACGGCAAGAGGCGAGUGCAGUCUGCGACAGGAACUCAUUGCAAGGCGACUUUUGCUCUCUCUCCGCAACAAAAAGAGCUGCUGCAGAAGAUGAAGGAGAAGAAGGAGAGGCUUGCCAGAGAGGCAGAGCAGAGGAAACGUGAGGAAGAGGAGCUAAGGAGACAGGAGAACGAGCAGGCCUUCGCGUCGUGGUUGAUAAGGAAAAGAGAGCAGGUUUUUGAGGAGAGAAAGAUUCAUCAUGCCAAGGAGAUAGAGAGGAUAAAUGCUAAGAGAGACUUCUAUGACCCAGAGAAGGCCUACAGGUCGUGGCUUAAGAAGAAAAAGGAGCAGGUGCAGCGAGAGAGACAGGUUCUGGAGGUCAGGAAACUUGAGGAGGAGUGCAACUGCCUGAUGCACAGCCGCCAGGAGUGUGACCGUGCCUUCAAUCUGUGGCUGAAGCGGAAACACGAUGAGAAGAGAGCACAGCAGCUGUUAAGCUUAGAGCGCUCCCGCAGGUUGGCGAUUGAGGUGCGGCGUGCGCGGCGAAUGUCGGAGCUGCUCUGUUCUAUGCGUGAAACCAGACCCUUCCAGUUCACGGAUGAUUCCGCUUACCGCUACUGAGGCAAACAAGCCCCUCACACCCUCCUAAUUCAUACACAACAUCCAGCGCUUAUUAAAAAUUGCAACUGAAAUUUA